CGCGCCGCUGCCAUGUGUCCCCGGGCCGCGCCAGCACCAGCGCCCCGGCUGCUGCUCGUAGCGCUGAGCGCGGCCGCGGUCGGCGCCUGGGAGCUGACGAUCCUGCACACCAACGACGUGCACAGCCGGCUGGAGCAGACCAGCGAGGACUCCACCAAGUGCAACAACGCCAGCCUGUGCGUGGGGGGCGCGGCGCGGCUCUUCACCAAGGUGGAGCAGAUCCGCCGCGCCGAGGCCAACGUGCUGCUGCUCGACGCUGGAGACCAGUACCAGGGCACCAUCUGGUUCACCGUGUACAAAGGCGCCGAGGUGGCGCACUUCAUGAACGCCCUGCGCUACGAUGCCAUGGCACUGGGAAACCAUGAAUUUGAUAAUGGUGUAGAAGGGCUGAUCGAUCCACUCCUCAAAAAGGCCAACUUCCCGAUUCUGAGUGCAAAUAUUAAGGCAAAGGGGUCACUAGCAUCUCAAAUAUCUGGACUAUAUUUGCCAUACAAGAUUCUUUAUCUUGGUGGAGAAGCUGUGGGAAUUGUAGGAUAUACCUCAAAUGAAACUCCUUCUCUCUCUAAUCCAGGCCCAAGCUUGGUGUUUGAAGAUGAAAUCACUGCAUUGCAACCUGAAGUAGAUAAGCUAAAAACUCUAAAUGUGAAUAAAAUUAUCGCACUGGGACAUUCUGGUUUUGAAAUGGAUAAACUCAUCGCGCAGAAAGUGAAAGGCGUGGACAUCGUGGUGGGAGGACACUCCAACACAUUUCUUUACACAGGCAAUCCACCUUCCAAAGAGGUGCCUGCUGGGAAGUACCCAUUCAUAGUCACUGCCGAUGAUGGGCGCAAGGUUCCCGUGGUCCAAGCCUAUGCUUUUGGCAAAUACUUAGGAUAUCUGAAAGUCGAGUUUGAUGAAAAAGGAAAUGUCAUCACUUCACAUGGAAAUCCCAUUCUUCUAAACAGCAGCAUUCCGGAAGAUCCAACCAUAAAGGCAGAUAUUAACCGCUGGAGGCUAAAACUAGAUAAUUACUCUACCCAGGCACUGGGGAAAACCAUUGUCUACCUGGAUGGCACCACCCAGUCAUGUCGCUUCAGAGAAUGCAACAUGGGCAACCUGAUCUGUGAUGCUAUGAUUAACAACAACCUUAGACACCCAGAUGAAAUGUUCUGGAACCAUGUGUCCAUGUGUAUUUUAAAUGGAGGUGGUAUCCGAUCACCAAUUGAUGAGCAAAAUAAUGGAACCAUCACCUGGGAGAACCUCGCUGCUGUGUUGCCCUUCGGAGGCACAUUUGACUUGGUCCAAUUAAAAGGCUCCACCCUGAAGAAGGCUUUUGAGCACAGCGUGCAUCGUUAUGGCCAGUCCACGGGAGAGUUCCUGCAGGUGGGCGGAAUCCACGUGGUGUACGAUCUUUCCCGGAAGCCUGGGGACAGAGUGGUCAGAUUGGACGUGCUCUGCACCCGGUGCCGCGUACCACAGUACGAGCCUCUCAACUUGGACGAAACGUACAAAGUGAUCCUCCCCAGCUACUUGGCCAGCGGGGGCGAUGGAUUCCAGAUGAUUAAAAAGGAAUUGUUAAAACAUGACUCCGGUGACCAAGAUAUCAGCGUGGUUUCUCAAUACAUCUUAAAAAUGAAAAUAAUUUAUCCAGCAGUUGAAGGUCGGAUCAAAUUUUCAGCAGGAAGUCAUUACCAUGGGAGGUUUCCCUUAAUAUUUCUUUCAUUUUGGUCAGUGAUCCUUUUUAUAUACCAAUAGCCAAAAGUUCUCCUUGCCAUUAAUGUGAAACUGCAUUUUCCCCCGAAGUGAGACUCAAAUGUUCCCUGUAAGGUCCUAACUUUGGGACUUUGCACAUCAUCCUCAGGCUCCUAAGAUGCAUCUUAGAGCAUAUAAGGAAGAGAUUGACCUCAGCUCUCCAGCAACCUAGUUAGAAGAAAGAGAAAGCAAUCAAAUAGGGAGAACACAAAUCAGACUGCGCAUGUACAUCAAAAUGUUAACAAAAUUGUAUUAACUUUAAGCCACAUAAUUUUUCUCCUGUAUAUCCAUUUUUAUCCCAUCAAACAGCUGUUUACAUGGAAUUGUAUCUUGUACAACAGGAUUUUAAGCACACUGUCUGAUUUAAUGGCCACAAGUGCCUUCCCCUACUUUGACAGAUGAGGAAACUGACCUCACAAGGUUCACUUGCUCAAGGCCAUUUAUUCAUGACUGAGAAAUCCAAAGCCUUUGACCUCAAGUCCAACCAGCUUUCGACUACAUCAAGUUGCUGUUAAGAUUGAUAGUGAAAAUCUCUUCAUAACCAUCAGUGGCUCCAAGCUCAUGGAUGACAAGCCUCUGCUUUUAUUCCUGUACUCUACCAUUUCCUUUUUGACUCCUGUUGAAAUGGCAGAUUUAAUGGGCUAAACACGGGACAGUAUUCUCUUGCAUCACCUUGUGCCUUUAAUGAGUCAGGUUGCAAACUCGUGGAGCAGAUCAUGGGAAAGGCCAAGGGCUGUCAAAGACAGUCUUGGUGCAAGGGAGAAAGGAAAGAUGACAGAACUGAUUUGCAUUAUAGAAGAGCCAGAGCAACUGGGUAUUUAGGUCUUUUAAGUAAAUAUGUGUGAAAGAGUAACAACCUGACUUGCAGCUUUGGUGUUGUUAAUUUUAUGAAAUUAUCUGGCCCUGCUUCUAUGCUUACUGUACCACAAGAAGGGAACCUUCAAAAAUGAGCUGUAAUUCUAACACUGUACCUCUCCCUCCCCCAAGACACCAACAUUGCACAUAUUUUAGACACAUCAAACACACUAUGGGAGAUCCAGAGUUCCAGAGGAUGAGUUGCCCUUAAGAAGUGAUAUAAAUAAGAUGUCUGAAGUCCAUUUGCCUUAAAAUAAUCAUUGUAAGUCAUUCUCAAGUCCAGAUAUAAGAACACAUGCCCAGAAAAUACUUAGACUGAUGAAAUAAUUUAUGCCCCAAAGCAAACACAUGUUCAACAUGGAGUGGGACCAGGUAGCCUCUUCAACAUUGCUUCAGUAAGUCAACAAAAAUCAUGGGCAAACAACAGCUAGAGGUUUUGGGAGGGAACAUGUUUGUUUCCUACUGUUUACAAAUAAGUACUCUUCAUAGAAUUGGAACGUGGUUGAAGUAAAAUAAUUCCCUCAAUUCUGUGCAUCUACAAGUUAUCCAUAAACAAACAUCAAUAAGAUUGUACAAAACAGUAAAGAAAGGUACAUUUGGAGUAGAUAUUUUUAUGCUUGGCCAGUAAACUAUGUCCUCGAGUAUAAUUUUUAAGGAAUAGUUUUGUAAUUUUUCUAAAUAUGUGUUCGUGUAUUGUGCAGUGGUGUUAAGAAAUUACCUUAGACCACUUGGCAAUUGUAGAUUCCAAAUAAUAAAACUGAAGAUAUGCUU